CCAGGUAACAUAUGGUCCGACGGUGAGUACGGGGGUGGGGGGAGGCCCGGCGACAGGAAUGAGAAAUUGUUGAAACUUUUAAACUGGUAGGCGCCUGGCGGUACUCGUUCUCCCUCGGUACGAUCGAUUUUUCCCCGUCUUUUACACUUGGAAUUUCUGAAAGAUAUUGAAUGAGACGUAGGGUGAAAUGGCGACGGAGAAGGAUUUAGUGAAUGCUGUACGAGAAUCGCUAAAGGCUGAUGGAAAUCUCGAUCGGAUGAAAGCAGAAAUGCGCACGGAAGUGAUGAAACUGCUCGACUGUUCCGGCAAGGAGAGCAAAUCGAGAACUGUUAAAGCUCCUCACGAUAUCGUUUUCGUCAAUGAACUCGUCAGAGAAUAUCUCGAUUGGAUGGGUUAUAAAUAUAGCUCUACCGUAUUUAUCGCAGAAUGCGAUCUCCCCAAGCAUUGCUUGGAUCGCAAGCUUCUUGCGCAGGGCUUGGGAGUAAAAGACAACGAAAAGAGCAGAGACCUACCGUUGUUGUGCGGCCUCGUGCAAACGUUCACUAGCUUGAAAAAUGUCCAAGUGUAAAAUCUACACGAGCGUGCGUCAUUCAACAUUCAGUUGAGAUUUUUUAAAUGCUAUUUAUUUAUUUCCUAUUCGUAUGUUGCACACAUACCAAUUUCGCGCCUGGACGUCUUUGUGCAUACAAGCUUGAAAACGCAGCGCAAACUUUGAUUGCUAUACUUGUUGCAAUAAAUGAUGAAAAACGUAA